AUGCCUUUACACGGGGAUCUUAAUGAGGAGGUGUACAUAAAAUAUCCGCCUAGCUUUGAAUCAUCUCACCCAAAUAAGAUAGAUUAUGCUCUAUUCAUUUUUACUAGCAGAGCUAUACAGAUAAAUGUACUUGUUUAUAUUAAUGAUCUCAUUAUUUCUGGAAAUAAUUCCGCUGCAUUAAGGCUCUGUUGGUUUAUUUUUGUGUUAAUGGAAGUUGGAUUGCUACGUGCUAAACUUGUUGAUUAUCCUAUCGAACAAAACCACAAGCUUGGGUUAGCUAGUGGUGAUAUUCUUUCUGAUCCCGAAAUCUAUCGAAGGCUUGUUGUUCAGAAGCUCAAGGAUGCUGUUUGUGAUGCUGAUGAUUUGUUUGAUGAAAUACUUACAGUGGCUGCUCAGACUAAGGGCCGCUUCCAACGUAACAAUAAACUUCCUGAUAAGGUACGCGAUUUCUUUUCUGAUAGCAGAAUGUCUCAGUGUGUUAAGAGUAUAAGGAAUCAGUUGGGUAACAGUAGUUGUACUUGUAUUUGUCAUGGUAAUACUGGGUUUGAAGUUGAUUAUCAGCUUAUUAUGGGGGGUGAGUGUGACAUUCGUUCUCGUAUAAAUGUCAGAAAUAAUGAGAUUGUUGGGAGGAAGGAUGACAUGAAUGCUGUAAUAGAUUUGCUGUUGUUGGAUACUAAUAAUUUGAAAGAUGAUGUUUCUUUCAUUACAAUUGAGGGAGUUCGGGGAAUGGGGAAAACCGCUCUUGCUCAACUUGUAUAUAAUGAUCAAAGGGUAAGAGAUGAGUUUUCGUUGAGAUUGUGGGUUCAAGUCUCAAAUGGAGAUGGAGGUAAACUCAACGCGAAUGAGAUUCUUGGGAAAAUUUUAGAGGCUGCAGGACGGUUUUAUACAGAUACUGAUGAUUUAUUGAGCAUAGAACUUACAGAAGAGCUUAGAGGGAAGAAAUACUUGAUUGUUCUAGAUGAUGUUAGUGGUAAGGAUCAAGAAGAGUGGGUUGCUUUAAGAAAGUUUUUAAUGUUCAGUGUAGGGGGGAGUCGGAUUAUAGUUACUACAUGCUCGAAUGAUACUACGAGGGCUAUAAGGAGCGAACAUACAUAUGAGUUGAAAGGUUUGUCCAAGGAGAAUUCAUGGCUUUUGUUAGAGAUGACUUCUUUUGGGAAAGGGCAAAAACAUGUAAUCCACCCUGAAUUAGCUGAAAUAGUUGAAAAGUGUGAGGGGUUUCCUCCUGCUAUAAAAGAGCUAGGUAUUGUUAUAUUUAGUCAGGAUAUUAACAAAUUGGGUUUGUCUGAAGAGCACGCAUUAGCCACAAAUGAUGAAGAUAAUAGGACUCCAUUGACACAUAAUCUUAUCCCUAAUAAUCUAGAAACUCGAUUGAAGAGUUGCUUGAGUUAUUGUGCAAUGUUCCCUAAGGAUUUUAUCAUUGAUAAAAAGAUGUUGCUCGAGCUGUGGAUGGCGCAAGGAUAUGUUGUGCCACUUGAUGGUCAGAGCAUGGUGGAUGCUGCUGAAGAAUACUUUUCAAUAUUGUUAAUCAGAUGUUUGCUGCAACCUGUGAAAUUGGAUGAAUAUGGCGAGGUUGUGUCUUGUAAAGUCCAUAGUCUUUUAGAUGUUGGAGCACAGGAGAUAUGUGUAGUGGAUUCUACUGCAGAUAAUAACAUGGUCGAGAAUAAUGUCCUACAUUUACAUCAUAUUGGAAGUGAAUGUCGUGAAAGCUCUUUUCCUAAGAGUAGAAUUCGUUCUUUUAUUCAUGGCAUUUUUGAUCGCUCAUUUCCACCACUAGAAAAUCUUGUAUCAAGUUGGAUGUGUCUAAGGGCAGUAGACUUGCAUGAGUUAAACAUUGAUAGUUUGCCAGAAUCGAUAAGUAAAUUAUUGCAUUUAAGGUAUCUUGAUCUCUCUCAUAAUCAUCUUAGAAGACUUCCAAAUUCAAUCACUAAACUACACAACCUGCAAACUCUGAAUCUAGAUGGUUGCACUAAUUUAGAACAGCUGCCAUGGGAUAUAUAUAAACUGGUGAACCUUAGGAGCUUAAAUAUUAAUUCCUGUGCGGUGUGGUCUAUGCCUUUAGGCAUGGAUAAAUUGACAUGUCUUCAUGUUCUCACUCACUUUCAAGUAGCAGAAGAGAGCGUAAGUGAUGAGGAGGAAAGUUCGAGUGAAGAUGACAGUUCAAAUAGCGGUGAGCAAAAUGUGGGCACGUUAAGAGAUCUGAAAGCUCUCUCAAAUCUAAGAGGCUCGAUUAGCAUCUCGAUCCCUGCAGAGUAUAAAGAUGUCAACGACAAUCAAAUCCUUAAAGGAAGAGGAGGAUAUUUAGCGAGCAUGGAACAUCUUAAGGAAGUAUCUAUAAAGUUUCGAGGCCAUGAGUAUGGUGAUGAACAAGCAAUCAAUCAUGAAGAUUUGCUAGAAAAAUUACAGCCACAUUCUAAUCUCAAAGGGGUAGGAUUGUGGUAUUAUCAAGGUACGAGUUUUACAAGGUGGAUAUCCAGUCUCCCAAACCUUAUCAAGAUAGAGAUCGAAUCUGCCAUGGGGUUGCAACAUCUCUCGUUGCUCAGCAAGCUGCAGUACCUGAAGUUGCUGAGAGUAUCAAGUAUGUACAAUUUAGUUUAUAUGGAGGAAACAAAUGGCAGAAGCAGCAGCAGUGAUUUCACUUUCUUUCCCUCCCUCGAAGAGCUCAGCAUAAGCUAUAGUUCCAUGCUGAAAGGGUGGUGGGAAGGUGAUCAACAUCAACAGCUUAUUGCUGCGGAUGGUAGCUGUUGGCAACCAUCAUUUAAGCGCCUUUUCAAAUUGUCAAUCUUGGAGUGCUCUAAACUAGAGUCAUUUCCUCCAUGUCCGGGGGUGAAAACACUGAGCUUGGGCAAUCUUGAUGAAAACUUCAAAAUAAUGGAGUUUAGGGAUGUCGUCGAUGAUUACAAUAAUCAUAAUCGCCCUUCAGCACUGAGAAAGGUGGAGAGAUUAUCCCAAGCUAAGGAGGCAUUUAGAAGCUGCUCCUCUUCUUUGCGUAGGCUUACAAUCCAAGGUUGUGAGAACUUGAGGAGUGUUUCUCAAGGGUUAGAGUACCUCACUGUCCUAGAGUCUCUUUCAGUAAUUCAAUGUCCAGUUUUAACCUUCUCCGAGGAGGAUGACAGCAAUGAAGACGAUGGCAUGCCUUGGAGAGCCCUUCAUCAGAGCCUCCGUUCCUUAGAGCUUUGGGGAGUUGAAAGCAUGAGCCUUCUUCCUAGUGGGAUGCAGUACUUGUCCGCCCUUCAGGACCUCACCAUUGAACGUUCUCAGGAAUUUAAGGCUUUACCAGAAUGGAUAGGCUGUUUAUCAUCUCUCAAGUCCCUUCGGGUUAAGUGUUGUUUGGAGUUCGAUUCAUUGCCAGAAACAAUGAGGAGCCUCACCAAUCUGAAGCUACUUGAUCUGAGUUAUUGUAAGCAAGGCUUGAAGGAAAAAUGUCAAAAUCCAACUGGAAAUGAUUGGCCGAAGAUUCAACACAUAUCCUCCAUUAUCAUUUCUGAAUGA